GGGAGCGCGGCGCGGGGCCUGCGGGCAGAGCCCAGCUCAGCCCAGCCCCAGCGCAGCCCCAGCCCAGCCCGCCGCGGCGAAGCCGCCCGGCGCUCCGCAGCCACCGCUGGCAACAGCGAGUCACCCCCGGCCGCCGCUACCCGCCGACCAGGGAAACGUCACCACUCGCCCUCACCCCCCGGCCCCGGCUCGCUUCCGCUUCCGGGGCGCGCCCGCCCCCUGCCUCCGGAAGGCGGCGCCGGGAAACGCCGGCCCACGCCCAGCGGCGCCGCCAGAAACAGGCGUUGCGCAGCUCAGGGGCGGGUGGCGCAGCCGCAGGCGAGGAAGGAGCAGCGCCCCGCGACCGGCGUGCGCACCGAGCGGGGAGGCGGGGCCGGGCGCGGCGCCGGCAGCAGGCCCGGUGGCCCCGAGCAUGCGCGGAGAGAGGCGGCUGAUGACUUUGAUGAGCUUGUGGUGAGUAACAGUGAUGUUGUGCUCAAAAAUAUCGCUGAAGAUUUGCGGAAUCACCUACCCAUCGAGGCAAUGUUUAAUUCGGAACAUCAAGCUGUUCAGAAAAUACACCAGCAUCCACUGCCCAUGAUUCAUGUCGAUGCAUUCCUUUAUGAUGAUGAUUUUGUUGAUUCAUUGUGUGAGGAGGGGAAAAUGAGUAGGAGCUACUGCACCGAGUGUGGCUCAUACAAGACUGCAUCUUUAGAGUUUAUUUCGCAUUCCUUUUCCCUCAUGGAACUGAAGUUUCUUUAUCAACAUGUACUGCCUGACCUGACAGGAAAGGUAGUGGUUGACGUUGGCUCCAGGCUUGGUGCAGUGCUAUUUGCGGGUUAUCUUUAUAGCUCAGCAUCCCAACUGUAUGGAGUAGAAAUGAAUGCAGAGUUUUGUCAGUUGCAAGAAAUGAUGGUUACAAAAUACCAGUUCAUUGACAGAAUAAAGGUGGUUCACGCAGACAUCUGUACUCAGGCUUCACUUCUUCAGAAAGCUGAUGUUGUUGUAAUGAAUAAUGUCUUUGAAUAUUUUCUUAACAGACAGGAACAGGCCAGAGCUUGGGAAUUUAUUGCUUGUAAUGUAAGGAAAAGAGGGUCCUUAUUAGUGACAGUUCCAAGCCUUAAGGAAUCGCUCUCAAGGCACCAGACAGAUAUACAGCUCAGCCAAUGGGUCGAAGAGAUGCAGCUAAACUAUGAUGUGUAUAUGGAAGAGGAUGCUGACAAAGAAGCACUUGAACAAAUACAUUUAUACAAGAUUCUCUAGUACCUGGAAAAAUUUACUAGUAUCUUUUUAACAUAUAUUUUGGGUCUAAGAUGAAGUUGGAUUGAUUUGUGUGAAUAAAUCAGGUCAAAAUUCUUACUGGGA